AUGGCUCACUCAGGCAUUUUCAUUCUUACGCUACUGACGGCAAUGUUGGUGAGUUCCACCAUAGCACAAUCUCCAGCGUCGUCCCCGAAGACAUCUCCACCGGCCUCGUCUCCCACCUCUCCGGCUGUGACUCCUCCAGUUUCUGCUCCUUCUCCUCAGGCUGCUGCUCCAUCUCCGACCGCAGUUAACUCUCCUCCGUCGCUGUCUCCCGCGUCCUCCGAAGCUCCAGCGAGCCCUCCCUCUUCGAUCUCGCCACCGUCCGAAGCACCGGGACCGGCCGAGAGCGGGGCGGUUUCGAACCGUCUCGCAUUCGUUGGAUCUGUGGCUCUAGCCGUGUCCGCUGGGUUUUUGAUAAUCUAG